AUGUCUCCUGAUCCAUCUGAGACAACUCAGUCGCCGCCGUCCUUACAUCGCUCUCGGAAGCGACAGCGGACAGCCGAUGCGGAAAGUUUUCAAUGUCAAGUCUGCCUCCGGUCCUAUGACAGAGCCGACCAUCUAAAUCGACAUUUAGAUUCUCACCGAAAUGAACGCCCGUUCCGAUGCGACCAGUGCCCAGCUGCAUUCAACCGGCGGUCAGUCACUUCAUUCCCAACGUUUCGAGUAUGCAUGUGA